CAUGACAGUAUUCCGUACCGCUUUAACUCGCGCAGUAGCUCCUACAAGCCGUCGUUCUUUGGCUUCCGCUACUACCGGUAGUCUUUCUGCCAUUCGUAGCAAGCACACCCUUCCCGAUCUUCCAUACGAUUAUGGAGCAUUGGAACCUGCUAUCAGUGGUCAAAUUAUGGAAUUGCACCAUAAAAAGCAUCAUCAAACAUACGUUAAUGGUUUAAACACAGCCGAAGAACAAUUACAAGAAGCAAUCAAGAAGAAUGACGUCAAAGCUUCGAUUGCCGUUCAAAAGGCUUUAAACUUUAACGGAGGUGGUCAUGUGAACCAUACUUUGUUCUGGCAAAAUUUGGCUCCUAAAAAUUCGGGUGGUGGUGAAUUACCAUCAAGUGGUCCUCUAAAAGAAGCUAUCGAUCGUGACUUUGGCGGAUUGGAUCAAUUAAAGACAAAAUUCAACGCUCAAAUUGCUGCUAUUCAAGGUUCAGGUUGGGGAUGGUUAGGUUACAACCCAACUUCGGGUAAAUUGGACAUCGUCACAACCGCUAACCAAGACCCACUCUUGUCUCACGUUCCUUUGAUCGGCGUUGAUGCUUGGGAACAUGCUUUCUACCUUCAAUACCAAAACGUCAAGGCUGAUUACUUUAAGGCAAUUUGGGACGUGAUCAACUUCAAGACUGCUGAAGAUCGUUUGAAACAAGCAAAAGCUUGAUUUGAUAAAUCACAAUUGAAGUAAAAAUAAUGUAGAAAUUGAUAAUGCAAAAAAAAGAUGUUGCUAUGAAAAAAGUAAAAAAAAAUUUUGUUGGGUUGCUUCCAACAGAGUUGAGAAGACAUUACCCGUAAAAAGAGCAUUUUGGUAGGAACAGAUUUGGUAGAUGCUAAUAGAUUCACUAUCCACCAUGAUAUGUCAAUCCGCGUUUCAGAUCUCCAAUGCCAUCAAACGUCUCCGCUCAUCGACGAGCCAAUCGAGCACAUGACUCUAACAUGAUGAGAACAAGUUCCCGUCCUAGACCGCCAUAUGGGAUCAUGCUGCUCAAGCCGAAGGAAGAGGCAUUUGUGUGCAAAAAUUGAGAUUAGCAAGGAUUGCAGCAUACUUUAGCAGAAUAGUGUAAUAGCUCCAGC